GCGCAUCAGGAAGUGAAAGCAAACAAACACUGUCGUCGUGACCAUAUCAGACUACUACAUUAACCUUGGGUUCGGGACAGUAUGAGACCAGGGGAAGGUGUCGGGUUUCUCUACGCGGACUAAAAACAAGCGCCUGAAGCGAAACUUUUGUAAAAAAAAAAAAAAAAAACGAGGAAGAGAGAAGUGAAACCUCCACUUCGGACUUUAACGCACUUGCUUCCUGCUGUCAGUUCGGAAGCUGUUCAGUACUCGGGAGGCAAGAUACGCAAAUGUGUACGGACAUUUUUCGGGAGCCAUAGCGAGUCGGGGCAGAAGUUAAAACAAAACAACAACACUGGACCCCCGCGCGUUUGUUUUCUACAUGAGUCGCCCGGCAGGAUGUCGCUGAGCUCCGGGGCUUGGACUCAGAGCCCCGGCCACACGCCUCCGGACCAGCCCCCCGCCUCCGUCCCCGUCCCCGUCCCCGGCCACCAUGGGGCCUCGCUGGGUCAAGCUGGCUGUCAGACCGUGCUCAUGUCGGUUCGGGUGUCCGUGUGCCACUCCGGCAUUCGGCCUCUGUGUCUUCCCGGAGCAGGCGAUGAGUCACUCCGCCUGCAGCUCAGCAUGGACCCGGGGAAGUCCGGGGAAUUCCGGCUGUGUCUCCAGAGCAGCGGCGGCGGAGGCGGCGGCGGCGCAUGCCCGAGUGUGGAAGGUAUAGAGCUGACAGACCUACACAAGACCAUCGCUGAGUUUGACUUGCGGGCCGUGAACUACGAGGUGAAGUCGCCAAAGUGCCACGAGCUCAGCUUGGUGGCGCCGCCGCGCGACCGCAUCAGCUUCAACUUCCGCUGUGAGCAGGAGGCUCAGGAGUGGGCGACCGUGCUGAUGUCCUCUCUGAGAGAAGCGCACAGAGUUGCUCCUCCAGACGUCCCACAGCCAGCCCUCGAUGGUCUCCACUCUCACAACACUUUGUCUUUACAACGAACAGAGGAGACGUGCAUCGAGUUGACCAAAGCCAUAGAGGCGGGCGACAUGCAGUCGGCUUCUGUCUUUGCUGCUACGCUCGCUCGUCAACACGCGGCCCUGAAGAUCCAGCCCUCGACCAGAGACAGUGAGGACACCGAAAUCAGUUUGACUGUGGUAGUGGAGGACUCUUCCUCGUCCUGCUGUGUCACUGUGAAAGUCUUCCCACACAUGACGACCGCAUCGUUGAAGCAGCAGAUGUUUCUUGAGUAUGGCUUUCACCCACGGGUGCAGCGCUGGGUCAUCGGCCGGUGCUUAUGCGCCGACCAGCGGUCCCUCGCCUCGUACGGCGUCCGUCAGGACGGUGACACCGCCUUCCUGUACCUCCUGUCAGCCCGUCACGCUCGCUUGACCCGCCAAGUUCUCCAGCAGGACCAGGAGAGUGCCCUGCUCCUCAGUCCCACGUCGCUGUCUCCUCAAAACCCUUCGCUUCCUUCUACCUCUGCAAACGGUCCCUCAUCUCAGGAGUGGAGGCAUUACGCCACCCUUCCUGCUAGACUCCACACCAGCAGCAACAUUGGUGGGUCGGAGAGACAAAACAUUAGUCAGAUCAGAGAUCUCACUAACCUAGAGAUGCCGCAACUCAACGAAGCAUUGAGCCCCAACGCAGCCUCUGCACAGGGUUGGUCUUGUCCUUCCUGCACCUACAUCAACAAACCCACGAGGCCGGGCUGCGAGAUCUGCAGCACGAACCGCCCUGAGAGCUACGUGAUCCCGGGGGGGUACAGACCUGAUCCACUGGAGCUCAGACGAAUCCAGCAGGAGAAGGAGGCCAUCAGGCAGUACCAGCAGGCGAAGGAAGAGGAGCGGAUGGAGAACUUCGCCCGGCUGGUGAUGAUGGACGGUCAGGACCUGGUGCCUAAUCCCGAGCCUGUGGACUGUAGGAUCUGCUACAUGGAUCUGCAGCCAGGAGAGGGCGUCCUACUCAGGGAGUGUCUCCACUGUUUCUGCAAAGAGUGCCUGCGCUCGGUCAUCAUGCUGAGCGAGGAGCCCGAGGUGCCGUGUCCCUACAGAGACGACACCUACUCCUGCGCCCGCUCCCUGCAGGAGAGGGAGAUCAAAGCGCUGGUGUCCACGGACGAGUACGAGCGCUGGCUGCAGAGAGGCCUCUCGGUGGCGGAGUCUCGGUGUGAGGGCAGCUAUCACUGCGCCACCCCCGACUGUCUGGGCUGGUGUGUGUACGAGGACACCGUCAACGUCUUCCACUGCCCCGUCUGCAGGAAACACAACUGUCUCAUUUGCAAAGCUAUACACGAGGGGAUGAACUGUAAGCAAUACCAGGACGAUCUGGCAGCUCGAGCUAUAAAUGAUUCUGCAGCCUGGAGGACGACGCAUCUACUAAAGACCCUUGUGCAGUCAGGGGAGGCCAUGCACUGUCCACAGUGUGGCAUCAUUGUGCAGAAGAGGGAUGGUUGUGAUUGGCUGCGCUGCACUGUCUGUCACACUGAAAUCUGUUGGGUAACCAGGGGGCCCCGCUGGGGGCCGAAGGGUCCUGGAGACACCAGCGGGGGAUGUCGCUGCAACGUCAACAAGCAGAAGUGUCAUCCUAAAUGCCAGAACUGCCACUGAGCGUGUUCAGAGUGAAUAAGGGACAGAGCUUGAAAUAAACUAAUCUCUUAAAAGCAGUGAAAGAAGGAUCGGGGCUCUGGAAUGACUAAAUAUUGAGGCGUAUUUAGGAAAAAGCUGAGAGAUUCAUACAUUAAACACACACCUGGUCUUAUAACUGGAGUCAUUCUCAGCAAAUCUCUAACCGUCACGUGACGUCCCCCCUCGGCGUUUCACUGGAGUCACGGUGGAAAUAACAUUUUGAGAUUUAUUUCUGCGUCUCACAAUGUGGCUCGCGUGAUUUUUCAUCAUUCGGUCUCAAUGAAGCCGUCAGUGAAAAGUGGUUUAGGAGUUUGCGUGAAAAGAGUUUUAACUUAGGAUGCGUUUGGUGCCUUUUGAAAAAUGUUUGCACUGCAGAUGUAGCAAUACACUUGGGUUAUUUUCUGUUCGGACAGUUCGUUACACACCGUGAAGCAUUAAAUUAAACCGAAGUGGCCUUAUUGAUGUGCACAACAGUGGUUAGCAGGGUGUUUUCUCAAUAAUGUGAUAAAGUUCUUGUUUUGUUCUCAAUAUGCAACCAAACAAGCCUAUGGAGAGAUAUAUAUAUAGAGAGAGGAAGAGAGUAGUAUAUAUUUGUGUGUCUGGGUGUGUACCAAAGAUGAAACAAACAGUGGUGAUACUAUACAGUAUACUAACAGCUUUUAUGAAAAAACAGUUCUCGAAAGCUUUGUAUCUGUGGAAAUAAUUUGAACAUCUCAACCAGCUCGACUACACUACUGCCCAGAACUGACAAGCCAUGAAUACGUCCUCACUGUUACUUGUGUUUGUGUAUCAGCACUGUGCUGCUGAUGUACUGUUAUGUGCCUUAAUUAUAAAUAAAUGCCCUUGAGCACAGACACAA